AUGGAGGACAUCGCCAUCAUCGGCAUGGCCUGCCGCUUUCCCGGCAAUGCCACCUCCCCUGAAAAGCUGUGGCAGAUGAUGGUCCAGAAGGAAUCCGCGUGGUCUGAGUUUCCCAAGGACCGUCUCAACAUAGAUGGGUACUAUCAUCCGAGUGGUGACCGUCAGGGAAGUAUCUCAUUCCGAGGCGCCCACUUUAUCAAAGACGAUAUCGCAGCUUUCGACGCGUCUUUUUUCUCCGUCAUGGCCGAGGACGCCAAGGCCAUCGACCCUCAACAGCGUUUCCUGCUGGAGGUAUCCUACGAGGCACUUGAAAAUGCUGGCCUUCGCAUGGAAGACCUCAGAGGUAGCCCCACAGCCGUUUAUGUCGGCUCCUUUGUGAAGGACUACGAGCAGAUUUGCCUGCGCGAUAUGGACUGGCAGCCACAGUAUGCUGCCACAGGCACAGGCAACGCCAUCAUGUCCAACCGCGUGUCCUACACGUACGACUUCAAGGGGCCGAGCAUGACGAUCGACACCGGCUGCAGUGGAAGCCUCGUGGCAGUCCAUCUAGCUGCCCAAGCUCUCAGGGCCGGCGACUGCUCCCUGGCUCUCGCUGCCGGAGCCGGCCUCAUUCUCACGCCCAAUACCAUGAUGCCCAUGACGGCACUCAACUUCCUCAGCCCGGACGGCAAGUGCUUUGCCUUUGAUGCCCGUGCCAACGGCUACGGCCGUGGCGAGGGGAUCGGUUUCGUCGUUCUCAAGAAGCUGUCAGAUGCAGUCCGAGACAACGAUACCAUCCGAGCUGUCAUUCGUGGUACCCAUGUGAACCAAGAUGGCCUGACCACCGGCAUUACCCUUCCUAGCAAGGAAGCCCAGGUAGCCAACAUCCGCGCCCUUUACGCCAAACAUGAUUUGGACAUGAAGCAGACGGCCUUCGUCGAGUGCCACGGCACGGGAACCCAGGCUGGCGACUUCCGAGAGCUCAAGGCCAUCUCCGAGACACUCGCUGAGGGAAGGACGACGGAGAACCCCGUGUUUGUAGGCUCCGUCAAGACAAACAUCGGCCAUCUCGAGGGCGCAGCCGGAGUCUCAGGUCUGAUCAAGGGUGUGCUCACCACCGAAAAGGGCCGUAUUCCGCCAAACAUCAACUUUGAGCGGGGAAACCCCGACAUUGACUUCCGGAACUGGAAAGUAAAGGUGCCUACGGACCUGACAGAGUGGCCGGUUGAUGGUAUUCGAAGAGUCAGCGUCAACUGCUUCGGCUUCGGAGGCACCAAUGCACACGCCGUUCUCGAUGACGCUGCUGUAUAUCUUGCAGAGCGCGGCAUGACAGCCAACCACAACUCGUCCCUCGACAGUACCCAGAGUCGUCAGCCAGGUGCCGUCUCCGAGGCCCAUGGCCCGUUCUUGACCCCCAAGCUGUUUGUGUUCUCCUCAAACGAGCGCAAGGGUGUUUCUCGUCUGAUGGAGACGCACCUCGGCCACAUCACCGGCCUCACGGACAUGACAGAGAUUGAUGCUGACAACUACGCCUACACUCUGGGAUGCCGUCGUUCGAUAAUGGAGUGGAAAAGUUUCGCGGUGGCCAGAUCUGUUGCGGAUCUCACAUCGAAGCUACAAUCGAGCGACGAGACGAGCUUCCUCCGGUCUGGCCGCGAGAGCAAGCCAAAGCUCGGCUUCGUUUUCUGUGGUCAGGGGGCUCAAUGGGCUCAGAUGGGCCUCGAGCUCAUGUGUUUCGAUGCUUUCAAGAGUAGCAUGACGGCGGCCUCCCGCCAUCUCAAGACGCUCGGCAGCGAGCUCGACCUUGUCGAAGAGCUCGCGAAGGCCAAGACGGAGUCGCGCAUCCAGGAUCCCCAGAUCUCGCAGCCGGCGACAACCGCGGUCCAAGUAGCGCUCGUCGACUUGCUGCGGGCUUGCAACAUCACCCCCAGCAGCGUCGUCGGGCACUCCUCGGGAGAGAUCGCGGCCGCAUACGCGUCGACCGCCAUCACCCGCGAGGCGGCCUGGGCGCUGGCGUACUACCGUGGUCGGAGCGCUUCUCUUCUCUCGACCGUCGCCCCGUAUCUCAAGGGUGCAAUGUGCGCUGCCAGGAUGACCAACGCCGAGGCCCGCCAGUACAUCGAGAGCCAUGACAAGGACAGCGGCCUCCAGGUCGCGUGUGUCAACAGCCCAAACUCGGUCACUAUCUCGGGCAACCGUUGCGAUGUUCUCCGGAUGCGGGACGAGCUCAAGUCGCGCCAAGUUCUGUGCAAGGUUUUAGAUGUCGACGUCGCGUACCACUCAAGGCACAUGCGGCUUGUCGAGGGCAGCUACAAAGACUGCAUUCAAACGGUUCUCUCCAACGACGCCAGCGAGAACAUCCCCUUCUUUUCAUCGGUUCGCGGGGAGAUGCUACCGCACAGCCUGCUCGACCCGUCGUACUGGGUGCAGAACCUGGUUUCUCCGGUCCAGUUCGUUGCCGCCGUCAAGGCCAUGAUGACUUCCGACAGCCGACCCGACAUUCUGGUUGAGCUGAGCCCCCACGCGACCUUGGAAUCGGCGCUCGCAGAGACCAUCUCCGAGCUUGGUCCCGGGUCCCAGGCCACCUAUCUGUCCCUCAUCCGACGCGACAAGGACUCUGCGGUCACUACGCUCCAGACCAUUGGCGAGAUCUGGGCGCGAGGCCACCCGGUCGACAUGCUCAAGGUUUGCUCCAAGGGCGCCGAUGCACAGGCUUACAAGACGCUCGUCAACCUGCCGUCCUAUCCCUGGAACCACUCCAAGGUGUUCUGGCAUGAGUCCCACACGUGCACCGAGCAUCGUUUCCGGAACUUCGGCCGCCAGGACUUGAUCGGGUCUCCUUCCCCGGACGCCACCACCUUCGAGCCCCGGUGGAGAGGGUUCUUCCGCAUCUCCGAGAACCCCUGGAUCCAGGACCACCGCGUCCAGAAGGCCAUCGUCUACCCGGCGGCCGGGAUGGUCACCAUGGCCCUCGAGGCCGCGAGCCAGCUCGCUUGCGGCACGACAGACGUUCUGGGCUUCCAUCUCACCGGCCUGCGGAUCGAGAGGGCGAUGAUCAUCCCGUCCUCGGCCUACGGUCUCGAGUACUCGCUCAACUUGAAGCAGCUCCCCGCCAAAGCAGAAGCGGAUCCGGAAUGGGAGUUCACCAUCUACUCCAAGCCAGAGGAUGGCCCUUGGAUUCGUCACGCAGACGGUAGUAUCAAAAUCCGAAGACAGUCUGAAGCUCUCUUGACCACAAGCGAACAUGCACACAGGUACACCCAGAUCCAAGGUCUCUGCGACAAGUCGCUCCCGCCUCGGCAGCUGUACGAACUCCUGGACGUUGUCGGUCUCAAUUACGGCCCAUGCUUCCAGAACGUGGUCUCCAUCUCCACCCACGAGAACGCCUGCAUCAGCAAGGUCCGCGUCCCUGACACCAAGUCCAAGAUGCCUGCCGGCUUCGAGUUCCCCCACGUCAUCCACCCCGCGACGCUGGACGCCAUGUUCCAGACGCUCUUCGCCAUCGACAGUAAGCCCAUGGUUCCGUCUUCGAUUGAGAGCAUUUUCGUCUCUGCACAGAUCCCUCACGGCGCCGGCCACGAGUUCACGGGCUUUGCCACGGCUGAGAGACACGGCCUCCGCGGUGCGGUGGGCUCCAUCGUCAUGGCAUCCGACGAAAGCAACUGGGGCAAGCCGUUGGUUGUGGUCGAUGGCUUGAAGUUCACUUCCCUGUCGACGCCUUCGAUCGAUGACGGCGGCUUUAUCCCCAAUCAUGGAAACCUCUGCUCCGAGGUCGUCUGGAGGGAGGACUACACUCGGGCUGUGACCGAAGACUUCUACGACAUGCUCUCACUGAUGGCGCACAAGUACCCUUCCUUGUCUGUUCUGCAGUGUGGCGGCAGCAUGCAGCUUGCUCAAACAAUCCUGGACAUCCUCCCAGAGGGCGUCGCCCCGAACCUGUCUCGAUACACAAUCACCGACCCUGACAUUCUGGGUGAGGCUCAGAAGGCUUACGAGAAAUCACCGGUAGCCACUCUGCUGGAACACCGCAACUGGCCAAAUGUCAAAGAUCACACUGCUCGAUACAACCUUAUCAUCGUGGCCAGAGAUGCGGGCAUCGACCUCGGUGAGGCCGGCAACAUUCUGCAGCCCGAAGGAGUUAUUCUCAACGAGACCACGCCACCAAUGACCCCGACCAGCACUGACUCGAUGCUCGAGGUCGAGCUCGUAUUCGACGAUCCUACCACUCUCCAGAUGUCUUGUGAUGCAGAGCCUGAUAACGUCAUUCACUGCGAUACGUUGGACCAGCACUUUGAGGCCAGUGUUUACGUCGACAAGCCCAAAGCUGCUUCGUCCCCCGGCGUUCUUAUAAUUAUGCCAGAUGCGUUUGGUUCCGCCGUGGAGGAACUCGCCAAGUCGCUCAGCGACCUCCUCUUGCAGAGGGACUUCAAAGUGAGCAUUGGCACCCUGCACGGAUGCGACCCAAAGGGCAAGGCUUGCAUUGCCCUUCUCGAAGCCUGCGACAGCUUCGUCUACGGAUGGACGGAAGGGCAGUUCCGCUCCUUCCACAGCUUGCAGGAACAGGCCAGCAGCCUCUUGUGGGUGACUCGAGGCGCGAACCGACGUCCCACGAACCCUCGCAACGCUCCCAUCAUCGCGCUGGCCCGGACGAUUCUCUCCGAAGACCCGCAGAAGACCAUUGUCACUCUCGACCUGGACGAGAACACUUGCCUCGCCUCGUGCGCUCUGCCCCAGACCGUCGAGUGGGUUCUGGAUUCCAUGCUGAGCGGAUCCGCCGAGGCCGAGUUCGCGGAAGAGGGAGGGCGGCUCUACAUACCGAGACUGAUGCCCCUGCAGGAGCUGAACAAGAUGAUUGAGAGCGACUCGAACGUUGAGAUUGUUCAACAGCCCAUCUUCAAUCAACCAAUAGCCCAGGCCGAGUAUGAAAUGACCAUAUCCCAACCGGGAAUCGACAAUGACAACUUCCACUUUGUCGAAAGUUCGCAGGCGUCUCAACUUGGCCCCUAUGAGGUCGAGAUCCAGACCCUUAGUGCCGCCCUGCAUCUCAACGACCUGCACACCGCCAUGGGACGGACCUCAGGCGACAGACUCGGUCUGGAUGUCCUGGGCAUCGUCAAAAACAUCGGCUCCCAGGUCAUAGACUUCCGGCGCGGUGAGCAGGUCCUGGCUCUCGUCCCCGGCGCUUUCAAGACCGUCCAUCGCGUCGACCAGGGCUUUGUCAAGCCCGCGCCGCCGCCCGUCGAGUGCUGCCAGUACACUCCCAGCGCCCUCAUCGCCGCGUACUACACGCUGUGCACCGUAGGCCGUCUCACGCCGAGGAAGAAAGUGCUCGUCCAUGCCGGCGCCAGCUCGUACGGCCAAGCUGCCAUUCGUGUGGCCGCUUUCUUUGGCGCCGAGGUUUUUGCGACGGUCAUGGGCGAGAACUCAAAGGCCCAGCAUGCGACUCUGAUCGAUGCUCACCGUAUUCCAGAGGACCACAUCUUCGAUGCCACCGGAGAGUCCUUCGUCGCUGAUGUCUCGAGAUUCGGAAAGGUUGACGUCCUGUACAAUCCCACCCAAGAGCACACUGCCGCCAGUUUCAAGUGUGUCAAGCCGUCCGGUUGCGUCGUCCAGCUCGCGGAUAGAACUGGGGGAGCUCUCAGCGUCCCCGUCUCCGCCGCGGCAUACAUCAAACUCGACCUCGGCCUCCUCGUGGAAGAGGACCCCGACCUCGUCAAGGACCUGUUCAGCAUAGUGGACCGAUUCGCCUUCGACUACCUGCGCGCGAGCUCUAGUCUCCAGUGUCAACCGGUCCAUCGGUUCCCCAUGUCGGCACUCGAGGACGCAUUCAAGCAGCUCGAACGAGAUCCGCACCACGGCCUGACGAUCGUGGAAGCGAACCAGGACACCCUCGUACACGUGGCCCGGGCGGUGCGUACCAAGUCCCUCGCCGACGCCAUCAAUCCUGAGGGAACGUACGUCCUCGCCGGCGGCCUCGGCGGUCUGGGAAGGAGCAUCACGAAGCUUCUCGCCGACAACGGCGCCAAGAAGCUGGUGUUUCUGUCGCGGUCUGGAGGCGGCGCUGAGGCCAACACCUUCUUCGAGAGUCUAUGCGGUGUCGACGCCAAGGCGAUUGCGGUGGACAUCACCGACCGGAAGGCGCUCGAGGCCCUCGUUCCCGACCUGGGUAAGGUCUCAGGCGUUGUUCAAUGUGCGGCCGUCAUCAAGGAUGCUCUGUUCGAGAAGAUGUCGCACGCCGACUGGGUUACCGCCUUCGGCCCCAAGGCCGUGGGCGCCAUCAACCUCACGGAAGUGUUCGGACGCGGACCGUCCGCCGCUGCUGGUGACCUGGUCGGCUCCUCCGAUCCCCGCGGCCCUUGGUUUCUAUUUUUGUCGAGUGCUUCGGGCAUAAUCGGCAACCGAGGCCAGGCCAACUACGCCGCGGCGAACGCCGUCCAGGACAUACUAGCCCGGUCUCUGCCCCGGGCUGUCUCUCUCGACCUCGGUCCCGUCCUCGAGGCGGGCAUGCUCGUCGAGGACGAGGAGACGCUCAGCAAGCUCCGGGGCGCCGGGUUCUACGGAAUCCGACACCGGGACUUCCUCACGAUGGUCGAGCGAGCCAUCACAGGCGAGGUCGCCCCGGGUGUCGCCACGCCGGCCCAGAUCGUCUCGGGCGUCGGCACCGGCGGCCUGAUCCGCCAAAACAAUCCUGGCGACCCCUUCUGGUCACGGUCGGCCAUGUAUUCGUACAUGAACACGGUCGACAUGCCGGUCGCCUCUCCCGAGGAGGCUACCGGCGGCGGCGGCGUCCCGAGCGAGGCGGACAUCAAAAGGAUGCUCGCGGUGUGCUCAGGUGCGGAAGCGGCGGCGGCGGUGGUCUGUGCCGGCCUGGUGCAGCUGAUGGCUAAAGCGAUGACGCUCCUGCCGGAGGAGAUUGAUCCGGAGCGGGCGCCGAGCGCGUACGGCGUCGACUCCCUUGUAGCUGUUGGCGUUCGGAACUAG